CCCGUUUCCUCGGCCAAACAGGGAAAGAAAGGGUGGAGGGGGCAUUUUUUUUUUUUCCCUCUGCUACGUCUUCUUUCCUGCUGAGAUUUCCGGUUGGAGAUCUCAAUCGGAGAAUUCCGAAGAAGAAAGAGGGAUCGCAGAUCGCUGUGGUCCAGAUCGAUUACCUGAGGUUUGAUUGGUAGAAUUUCCUCUGAAUAGCUCAGCAUAACCCUAGUCUUCUAAUUCUAAGGAAGGAAGGAUGUCCGGCCAAGGCCAGCGACUGACCGUGGUUCCCACGGUGACGAUGCUUGGGGUGAUGAAGGCACGCCUUGUGGGCGCUACCCGCGGCCAUGCCCUCCUAAAGAAGAAGAGCGACGCCCUCACCGUCCAGUUUCGAGCAAUCCUGAAGAAGAUCGUCACUACCAAGGAAUCGAUGGGUGAGAUCAUGCGUGCCUCCUCCUUCGCCCUCACCGAGGCCAAGUACGUAGCUGGUGAGAACAUCAAGCAUGUUGUCCUCGAGUCGGUUAAGUCUGCCUCCCUCCGUGUGCGCUCCCGCCAGGAGAAUGUUGCUGGGGUCAAGCUCCCACGGUUCGAGCACUUCUCUGACCCGGGUGCUGGCGAUACCAAGGCUGACCUCACUGGACUUGCCCGUGGAGGCCAGCAGAUCCAGGCUUGCCGUGCUGCGCAUAUUAAGGCCAUUGAGGUCCUUGUGGAGCUUGCCUCGCUCCAGACCUCUUUCCUCACCCUCGAUGAAGCCAUUAAGACCACCAACCGGAGAGUCAAUGCCCUUGAGAACGUCAUCAAGCCGCGGUUGGAGAACACCAUCAACUACAUCAGGGGGGAGCUUGAUGAACUUGAGCGAGAGGACUUCUUCCGGCUGAAGAAGAUACAGGGGUACAAGAAGAGGGAGAUUGAGCGGCAGCUCCAGGCUGCAAAGCAGUUUGCUGAAGAGCAGUUUGCUGAGAAGGUCUCACUCAAGAAGGGUAUCUCCAUUAACUCAGCUCACAACUUGCUUGUUGCUGGGGCCGAGAAGGAUGAGGAUAUUAUCUUUUGAUGUCCGAACAUUUAUUUGGUGAUUAGUGAUUGGAUUCGGGGCGGUAACAAGGAAAUCAGCAGCAGUUGCAUCCAGAAGGGUACCUUCUAUCAAGUGAUGGUGUAUCGCCAUUGAAAAUAGAGGCGGUGGAUUUUUGUUGCUUCAAACAGGAUCUGUUAAUCCUAGAAUUAAACAUUAUAUACAAACUUUAGAAGAAAAUUACUGGUGGCAGCUGUCAUCUUAAGGGAUCUUGAAUUCAUACUGUUUCUUUAGCUGGUUCAUCUUAGAUUUUUUUUUCCCCCUUGUGCUUCACUGUUGUAUCUUAUUCGACAUUUUCAGUUAGGGUAAGAUUGUUGUUACUUAUGUAGUUUGAAUGGUUCACAUUGAUCAAGCUAGUCAGCUUGUUAUGAAUAAAAAAUUGGUGGCAGAAGAUAGCAUGGAGU